AAUGAUGUGAGCUGUAGAGCGAGAGGAAACAUGAACGCUUUAUGAGGCUGAUCACCACAAUGAGGAUACGUUGAGUAGACGCUUAUUUGAAAAUGGAGAAUGACAUUCUGAUUUUCUAUGGAUAUAAUAUAAAGAUUUGUUGAUGGGAAUAUCAAGCGCAACAGAGAAAUGAGGCACAGGAGGAUCGGGGGAUGGAAAUGGGCAGCGCUUUGGCUGUUCGCUUUCUCUCUAUUGUGGAAUACAGUUGGAGCUCAGAUUCGCUACACAAUACCUGAAGAGUUAAAGGAAGGAUCUAUCGUUGGGAAUAUCGCGAAGGAUCUUGGUUUUGACAUCUCAGAUAUCGCCGAGCGUAAGUUGCGGUUAGCAUCUGAGUCAAAUAGACAGUAUUUCAAUGUGGAUUCAGGGAAGGGUGAUCUGGUAGUUAAUGGCAGAAUAGACAGAGAAACGCUCUGUGGACAAAGCGCCAGUUGUCUGAUGCCACUGCAGAUCGUUAUUGAGAAUCCAUUACAGUUACAUAAAGUUGAAAUAGAAAUACAAGACAUUAAUGAUAAUGCACCAAACUUUCAUACUAAAGAUGCCACAUUAAAAAUAUCUGAACUGAUUUCUCCAGGUGCGCGAUUUACCCUUGAAAGUGCCGAGGACCUCGAUGUUGGCAGCAAUAGCCUAAAGACUUAUUCACUGAGCAAUAACAAUUAUUUCCGUGUUAAUGUUAAAACUUUAAAAGAUGGAAGAAUGGUACCUGAACUUGUGGUUGAAAAACCUUUAGAUAGAGAGAAACAGUCUAUACACAAGCUAAUAUUAACAGCUCUGGAUGGCGGUAAUCCAGUAAAAUCUGGCACAUCAUUAUUGCAAAUAAUUGUUCAGGAUAUAAAUGACAACGAACCAACAUUUGAAGUUACUGCAUACAAAGCAUCUGUUCUAGAAAGCGCCAUUGUUGGUUCAAGUGUGAUAAAAAUAAAAGCAACAGAUUUGGAUGAAGGUCCUAAUGCUGAAAUACAAUAUUCAUUCGGUGCGCACACGCCUGAACUCGUAAGAAAUGUUUUUGGUGUAAACACUGAAACCGGCGAAAUAACAGUAACUGGAAAACUAGAUUACGAGACUAAAAAAUCGUAUACGUUUGAUGUUUGUGCUAAAGACAAAGGAAAUCCAGAGCUCGAGGGACAGUCAUCGGUUCAGAUAGAUAUCAUAGAUGAGAAUGACAAUCCUCCAGAGAUUAUACUGACAUCUUUACCGAGCCCAGUUCCUGAAAAUGCAACGGUGGGAACUGUGGUGGCUCUGAUUACCGUCAAAGAUUUGGAUUCCGGUAAUAAUGGCAAAGUCGAGCUAAUUGUCUCUCCGGAUGUUCCUUUUAAAGUGAAACCCUCUUUCGAUAAUCACUAUUCGUUGAUAACGGACUCAUUAUUAGAUCGUGAGGUUAAUUCUGAAUAUAAUGUAAAAAUACAGGCCAUGGACUCCGGUGUACCACCCUUAAAAACUGUGAAGACGUUAAAUGUUAAAGUGCUUGACGUGAAUGACAAUCCUCCAGUAUUCUCACAGUCCUCAUAUAAUGUUUACAUAAACGAAAAUAAUCUGGCAGGUGUUUCAUUGUUUUCUGUGUAUGCGACUGAUAUUGACCGAGACAAGAACGCUCUACUCACUUAUUCAGUUCUGGAUUUAAGUUCAAAUCCCGUUCCAGCAUCAUCUUAUUUUUAUAUCAACUCUGAGAACGGAACUAUUUACAGCAUGAGCUCAUUUGAUUAUGAGAAAACGAAAUUAAUCAGCAUUGUAGUUCAGGCUAAAGAUCAUGGCUCUCCAUUUCUGAGCAGUAACGCCACAGUUCAUGUGUUUAUUCUGGACCGGAACGAUAACGCACCUGCUGUCAUUUACCCGUCCGCAUCCAUGGGGUCUGUCUCUCAUCAGAGGAUGCCCCGUUCUGCUAAAGCAGGACAUCUCGUUACUAAGGUAACAGCAGUGGACGCGGACUCGGGUCAUAACGCCUGGCUCUUCUACAGGCUCGCGGAGGCCACGGACGCGUCACUGUUCAGUGUGAAUUUACAUACGGGAGAGGUGAGGACUAAACGCGCUGUUUCAGAGCAGGAUGACUCCUCUCAGAGACUGAUGAUAGAGAUAAAGGAUAAUGGAGAACCGAUCCAGUCCACCACAGUCACAGUGGAUAUACUGAUAGAGGACGGGUUUCAUGAGCCCAUCUCAGACUAUCGUGAGAAAACUAUCGAGCCCAACAAGAAAAAUGGCAAAAUCACAUUAUAUCUGAUCAUCUCUUUGGCUUCUGUGUCCUUGUUGUGUCUGAUGACGUUUUUCAUCUUAUUGGUGAAAUGUGCGCGAGGCAGUAGAGGCGGCUCAAGCUGCUGUAUCAGGAGAACUGAUUCUGAAUACAAGAACCCCAACAGAAACCUGCAGAUCCAGCUCAACACUGACGGGCCCAUUAAGUAUGUGGAGGUUCUGGGAGGAGACAUGAUGUCUCAGAGUCAGUCCUUUGGCUCCUAUCUCUCUCCAAUGUCAGAAUUCAGUGAUCUCACCCUCGUUAAGCCCAGCAGCACCACAAACUUUACAGACACGCUAAACGUGCUUGAUGCGUCAUUACCAGACAGCGCGUGGACGUUCGAGAGCCAACAGGUGAGAAAGAACAAUAACUAAGCAUCAUUGGAGAAU